AUGGCCCCCGGGAGGUUCUUCCGCGACCACACGAGCGCGGUGAACGCGCUCGAUUUCCAUCACACCGAAGAUGCCCUCGUCACCACGGGCGACGACGACGCGAUCCAUCUCUACAACACCAACACCGGCGCGAAGACGCGCACGCUGUACAGUAAAAAGUACGGGUGCACGAACGUGUGCUUCACGCACAGCGCGGCGGCGGUGAUUUACGGGUCGAGGAACAAGGGCGCGGGCGGGGCGGCGAUCGACGACCACGCGGUGAGGUAUCACUCGCUGCACGAUAACACGUACCUGCGAUAUUUCAAGGGACACACCGAUGCGGUGACGUCGAUCGCGAUGAACUCGACGAACGAUUGCUUUUUGACCGGAAGCGCGGAUCUCACGGUGCGAAUGUGGGACUUGCGGACGCCGAAGUGCUGCGCGGUGAUUCCAGAGUGUCCGGCGAUUCCGUACGUGGCGACGGACGCGCAGGGAGACGUGUUCGCGGUGACGGAAGGUGACGGCGGGAUUAAGCUGUACGGGACGAAUAGUUACAGCCAAGGCGCGUUCGCGCAGUUUGAGACGUACAUCGAUAACGCGGGCAAAGAGUUGUUCCCGAACCCAGACAACAACCCGCAAAUGCGGCCGCCCGCGAUUUCGUGCCUGAAGUUCUCUCCGGACGGCAAGCGUUUACUCGCCGUGAACGGGAGCUGGAUCACGAUUUUCGAUGCGUUCAACGGAGAGCACACGAUGCGUAUUCGCGUGCCGGGGUCGGGGCAGCAACAGCACGCUGUGACGCCGAUGGAGGCGAGUUUUUCGCCCUGCGGCGAGUACGUCGUGAGCGGUGGCGCGGACUCGCGCGUUCACGUGUGGAGCUGCAGCACCGGGUACCAAACCGGCCACUGGCGCUCGCGUCACGCCGGUUUACCCACGUGCGUGAAGUGGGCGCCGAGCAUGAUGCUCGUCGCGAGCGGUUGUUCCGAGGGCGGCACGGCGUUGUGGGUUCCGGAUCCGAACGUCGACGAGCGCCGUUAG